CUCUGUGUCGCCCAAGCCGCAAGCCUCUUCUUCGGCUCCUGGAGGGCGACGGGGCACGACGCUGCUGGCGGCAUCCCAGCGCACCCUCUCACGCUGCAGACGGACGGCCCGGGAGACUUCUCUUUACUCCCACGCUCCUCGUCACGACUCUUGUUUGCAUUAUACACGUCCUGCCUCUUGACGAGGCGUUUGCACAUCUUCCCGCCCGCCGUGCACUCACCAGCCAGUCUCUCCUUCAGCACAUCGCCCGUCCGAGCCUCGCGCGCCAGCCCACGAUCAUAUUCGACCUCGCCACUCCUUUGCUUGACACUCACCAUUGCUCGUCUUGAUGUAUGGGCGCCGAGAUGGACUCCUCACUUCGUGAGCCCACUCGCCUAUCGGCUUUGUACCAAUACCACAACGCACCGGAGGUCGCACCAGCACAUGGCUUGGAGUACGAUGACACGAUAUACCCUUCGUCGGACAAAUACCCUGUGAUACGGGAAUCGCCUCUCUACGAGGGCAAAUUCAAUGGCAAUGGGCGAUAUUAUGGUGACGGCAGCAAUCGGCCGCCCCGCAUCAUAUUUGGGAUGAAGAUCAGGACAUUCUUGGUCGUGGCGACUGUCAUGAUUCUUGUGGUCGUUGGGGCAGCCGUAGGAGGUGCUGUUGGUGGGAAACAGCUACGGGAACAGCACGAGACACAACUAAACGCAAACGUGACGAACACAGCGCUAUCUGCUGCAGCAACUGCAACCACGGAAUCCGGGACGACAGUCGCCGCAACAUCAACCUUCGCAGCUCCAACACCCACCUUUGAACCACUUAACGACUGUCCAGAGUCCAAUGGCACGAUGUACACCUCCGAGUAUGCUCAAAACGAAUCCACCUCAGACGACGCAGGCCUAGUCUUCAUCAAGAACUGCGACCUCCAAAAUCCAUUGUCAAUAAACAACGGCAAGCAAAUCGCCCAAGCAUUCGUAUACAGUUUCAGCGACUGUGUAGAAAUUUGCGCGGGCUAUAACAACCUGAACAGUGCAGACAAUUGCACAGUGGCGGUUUACGAACCCUCAGCCCACCGGCCAGUGAAUUGCUGGGUGGGAGACGCGGGAGACCUCGAUGUUUCCACGCUGAAUACAACAGAAGGCACGAAUGUCGCAAUAUUACAGUAAUGAUGAAUCGACAGUGAAAGAAAGAAAAAAAGAAGAAUAUCUCUUGUUAAAUUUUUGUAUACCCCAUCAUGUUGCCACGACUAUGUUAGCGUUUAUUCGACUUUCCUUCUCGGUUGCUCGAGGCUUGCUGAUGAACAGCUACAGCCUUUCAAAGCACCAGUUUUUUCGUGUAUUUAAAAAGCUUACCUCCUAGGCAGAGCGACAAGCUCUUUCUUCACAAGACAGGCGAGCAUGGACAACCAGCC